AUGAUUCAAGAGAAGAUGAAGGCUUCACAGAGCAGGCAAAAGAGCUAUCAUGAUAAACGAAGGAAGGAUCUGGAGUUCCAAGAAGGUGAUCAUGUUUUUCUAAGAGUCACUCCUGUGACCGGUGUGGGUCGUGCUCUGAAGUCUAAGAAGCUAACUCCUCGCUUCAUUGGACCCUAUCAGAUUACCCAAAAGAUUGGAGUUGUUGCUUACCGUGUGGCACUACCCCCAUCUCUUUCGAAUCUGCUUGAUAUGUUCCAUGUGUCACAACUUCGGAAGUAUAUUCAUGAUCCAUCUCACAUGAUACAAAUGGAUGACGUACAAGUUCGGGAUAAUCUGACGGUUGAAGUUUCACCUAUUCGGAUUGAGGAUAGAGAAGUGAAGCAACUACGCGGUAAAGAAAUUGUUCUUGUGAAGGUUGUUUGGGGAGGACCUGCUGGAGGUAACAUGACUUGGGAUCUGGAGAGUCGGAUGAAGGAAUCCUAUCCUGAGCUAGUUUCGUCAGUGUGUUAG